AUGGAAUUCAUUGCGGCUGGGACAGGUCAAGUUGUCUUCACCCCCAAGGAUACCACCUCGUAUUUUUAUGAAUCAUUCGAAUGCCAACCUGCCGUUACAAACGGAUAUGGAGGAUUGCAAUUCACUGUCGAGGGCCCUGCCGGUGCUUCGUUUGCUCUAGAGCUUCAGACAACUUCGUCUUGUAGCGCCAACGACGGGACAUACAAGAGUCACUACACCAUCAUCGAGAACCUGACCGGAAGCCGCCAGACAAUUAAUGUUCCCUUGGUCGGCUUUGACAACGAACCCAACUACGAUGCUGUUGUCGGUUGGGUUUGGGCUGUAUUUUCACAGUCAAAUGUUCAAUGGUCGAUUGGCAAUAUCACAUGGAUAUGCGGGAAUGUGGCUCAGCCAACGUCCCCUGGUUCAACAAGUGUACCGACAAGAUCAACCAUCGUCCCUACCGCAACUCGAUCCACAAUAGCACCGCCAGUCACCACCAGCCAGCCCGCAACGUGCUCCAACUUAUUGAUUGAUGACUGGGCUUCUCAGUCCCGUCUUACAUUCUUGGGCUACAACGCUAUGGGGCAAGCAACGAGCGAUGAUGGAACAAUGUCAAGUGUCGUUGUCAGCAACAACAGGGUCCUCCUUUACCCCAAAGAUGCCAACUCGUACUUUUACAGUCAGUUUGGUUGUUUGAAUGCCAACAACAGAUACGGAGGCAUCUCGUUCAGGGUCAGGGCGGCACGAGGCACAAGCUUUUCAGUGGCUCUGGGAUGGUCCGAUAGUUGCGGCUCAAACAACGUCAAGACGGUUAGUUUGACAACAGCGCAGUUAAAGUGGACAUUCGAUGGCACCGAGAAGCUGUACUCCUUCCCCUUUUCAGCGUUCAGUGGCGUCGAUACGACAAAGCUGGAUAUGAUUUAUUUUUCCGGCCUCAAUGCGGGCGUCAUCCUCGGCCCCAUAUCCUUCUACUGCGGAUCGACAGCUACCGAGUACGUCGCGCCAGCAUCGUCACCAGCUCCCUCUGCCCUCACGCGCACAACAACCCAGGUGGCAACCCCAAGUGCCAAGGGUUAUGUUAUUGACACAUUCUCCAACGAAAAUACCAACUCGCUGGGCGAAUGGCACGGUCCGGAUGAGGGCAUGGCGGUCACAUUUGGCAACAACGCCAUUACAAUCCGUACCAACGACUCUGAUCAAAGCUGGAACACUCAGUUGGCCAACAAGUGCGCCGACCUCCGCAACCUGACAGGAGGCUAUCUCCAUAUCGCGUACUCGGGUAGCAACAAGUUUAGUAUCGCCCUCCAACAACACAACUCCAAGUGCAACGAGACGAUGGCUCCCUACCCCGAGACCUGGGAUUCCGUGGAAGCCUCUCGCUACGCAACCACCUCCGACAUCUACGUCCCCAUCACCCACUUCAGCAUCAACCUCCAGCGCGUCAUUGGUUUCAACCUCCGCGGCUUCUACACUUCAGAGCCGACAACAAUCACCAAGAUCGAAAUCGUCACCUCCAUCCCGUCCAACUUCAAGAUCCCGCCCAAGCUAGCCUCGGGCAGGCUAGUGUUCGCCUGCACCCGCCCCAACUCCUUCGCCUUUGCCAUUGACGACGGAAACCCAGAGUACAUCCCCCAGGUCAUGAAGAUCCUCAAAGAAGCCAACAUCCCCCUCACCUUCUUCACCGUUGGCCUGCCCCUCCUAGACCAGAGCAACGGCCUGGCAGCAGCGUACAAAGACAUGGCCUCUCGCGGCCACCAGAUCGCCCUGCACAGUUACACGCACCCCAAGAUGGAAGGCCUCGCCACCGAGCAAGCCAUCGACUGGGAGAUCCAAAACGACAUUGGUGCCGUCCGCCAGGUGUUUCCAAACCUACGGUCGUCCUACUUUCGCCCUCCGUUCGGAACAGAAGGUGCGAGAAUGAGACAGCGCCUGGCGGCAAACCUGAACGAUCCAGAGCCGUAUAUUGUUGGGUGGAGCAUCGACGUGGAGGACUGGCUUUGGGCUGAAUCAUCCACUCCCAACAAGCAGCUCGAUGCGUUCAAGCGCGAUCUGGCCAAGGGCGGGAACUUGAUGGUGAUGCAUUACCUGCACCAAAGCACGGUGGACUUGUUGCCCGAGUUUAUCAAACUGGCCAAAGCGAGCGGGAAGAGGCUGAUGAGGGUGGAUCAGUGCUUGGAGGACCCGAAGGCGCCGGCUCUGACUUGA